AUGUUCCUCAAAUGCGGACCUCUCCUACGAUACACCGGCAUACGGCGAGAAGGCGAGCGAGAGAUCUGGAGAGGCAGCAUCAUGAUUGUUACCGAGGAUGAGCAGUCCGACUACUCCACAGUGCCUACUCUGAGGAUCUUUGCACAGCCGAUGGACCUGCUACAACUACCACCGAAUCACCGCGAUGGGGAAAAGGCAGGCCGGUACAAGGAAGUCCGCGCCGUGCGAUUGCAUGCCGAACGCGGCUUCACCUUCUGGCGAUGGAGCAUCGAAAUCGAACUGGGGUCGCAACAACAUCGAGUCGCGUACAGGAUCAACAAGGGUCCUGCGUUGGGCUUUUGGGUUCCCGCGCGAGGCGAGACGAUGAACAUGAUGUUUCACUCUUGCAACGGCUUCUCCUUAUCCGUCGACCCGAAUGUGUUCAGCGGCCCAGAUCCGCUAUGGCGAGACGUGCUGAACAAACACCAGACUCGCCCCUUCCACGUGAUGAUCGGCGGCGGAGACCAAGUCUACAACGACGGCGCGAUGCGCGACACCACGCUCUUCCGCGAGUGGCUGCAAACGAAGAAUCCGGAAUUCAAGCACGGCGCCGACUUCUCCCCGCAGAUGCAGGAGGAGUUGGAAGCGUACUACCUGCAUCGCUACAGCAUGUGGUUCAGCCAGGGCCUGUUCGCCAUGGCGGGGAGUCAGAUCCCCAUGGUGAAUAUCUGGGACGACCACGAUAUCAUUGACGGCUAUGGCUCGUACCCGCACCAUUUCAUGAGCACGCGCGUGUUUACUGGGCUCGGGGCGAUUGCGUUCAAGUACUACAUGCUGUUUCAGCACCAGUCUGUCGCCGCUGAGACAAGCCAGGAAGAGCCGAGUUGGGUGCUCGGUGCGAGUCCGGGUCCAUACAUCAACGAGCUGGCACGGCAUGUGUUCCUCGACCUUGGCCGCAAGGUCAAGUUCCUCGGCAUGGAUUGCCGCACCGAGAGGAUGAGGGACGAGGUUUUGAGCGAAGCGAGCUACGACAUCCUCUUCGACAAGUGUCGUGCAGAGAUCAAGAGUGGUGAAACCAGACACCUGAUCGUGAUGCUCGGCGUUCCGAUUGCGUAUCCGCGCCUCAACUUCCUGGAGAACAUCCUGACGAGCCGCGUGAUGGACCCUAUCAAGGCCAUCGGGCGGACAGGGGUAUUGGGCGGGUUCGUGAACAAAUUCGACGGCGGUGUCGAGAUCCUGGAUGAUCUGGAUGAUCACUGGAGCUCCCGAGGUCACAAGCACGAGCGGAACUGGUUCAUUCAAGAGCUGCAGGAGCUGGCGGCGGAGAAGAGCGUUCGAAUCACGAUACUAGGCGGCGACGUCCACCUCGGCGCAGUAGGGCAGUUCUACACGCCGAAGAAAUUCGGCAUCAGCAAGGACCGCGAUCACCGCUACAUGCCGAACGUCAUCAGCAGCGCCAUUGUCAACACGCCGCCUCCCAAUGUGAUGGCGGACGUGCUGAACCGGCGGAACAAGGUCCAUCACCUGGACUCCGAGACGGACGAGGAUAUGAUUCCAAUGUUCGAUGUCGACGUCGAUGGCAGCAAGCGGAACAAUAAGUGCCUGCUCCCGAGGCGCAACUAUUGCACGAUUCGCGAG